AUGAACCGAUCCGCAGCUGCCGGAGAUCUGUUCGAAAAGUUGGUUCACACUCGUGUGCGUGUCGCUGAAGAGAACGAUCGUGAGGAAAUUAGGAGUUUGUUACAACGUCAUGGAAUAGGUACGGACAUGGUUGGCGAAGACCUGGCGUCCCGUAAGGCGGUGCAGUUGACUAUGGCAGCAUUGGCGAUAGCAAAGCACAUGCAUGUUCUGGAAUUGACAUUAGAGCAAGGUGACCGAGAGAACGUAGAGUUAGUAGAGCAGUUGAAUGAGAAAGACCAGAUGUUGGCGGAGAAUGAGAAGAAGUAUGAUCAACUGUUAUUGCAGCACAAGGCGGAAAUAGCUCGGUUAGAAGCAAUGCUGGAUAUCGACUUCAACAAGCAGUCGAGUAGUUUGGGUCCGCCAACGACGAUGGCAUCCGGUUUUUGUUCGUCUGCUUUCCGUUCUGUGGUACUCAUGCCGGAGACAGCUCACGACCCCUACAUCCCUGUGGCGUCGAAUAGCCGUCACUCGAAUAAGGGCCGGGUCUCGAACGCGGGACGUGCGUCCGCUAGCCGGCCGUCCAAUGUCCAGUCGUCGGAUGAAUGGAGUACGGAUGAAGAGGGACGCAAUCAAGAGCUCUUGAGCGCUGUACAGGAUUUAAGAACCAUAAAAGCAGAACUGGAUGAGGCUCGGGUCUUGCUGGAUGAUUUAGGGAGGGAAAAGUAUGAGCUGGAGCAAAUAGUUUCCGAGAAGGAGGAAGUUAAUGCUACGUUACUCAAUGAACUGAAUUACCUAAAGAAGAGACUGGGUGAUGACGACAAAAAUGAUGGAACGGUGCCUUGUGAGAACUGCAGAAUGCUAAUGGAGAAUUGGGACCGACUGUCCGUCGAGAUGAAGAGCAUGACGGCUGAAAAUAAGCUACUGGCCGACGAGCUUAAGGCGAUGGGCCUCGAGAUGACGGUACUAGAGCAGGCCUUAUUAUGGGAAAGAGAAGGCCAUGAGGAGUCCUGUCGGGAACUGCUAGAUCAAAGUCAAAUGCAUGAAGAAGAAACCAAAAAGUUUGCAAACGAAAUUAGCGACAUGCAAAAUAAAAUACAGAAAUAUAACACCAAGAACAAUGAACUAAAGGACAGAGUAAGCGAACUCAAAAACCAGCUUCAAAUCAGGGAGAAUGGCAGUGAUGAUUUGCAAGUUGUCAAUGGUCUGAAGAAGGAGAUUAGCUCUUUAGAACAUCAACUUCAAAAUGUUAAGGAGGAGUUAACUGGUGUCCAAAGCCGGGCGAGUGAGGACGAGAAAAAAUUAAUUGAGCUCAUAGAUAAGGAGACCGAUUAUAUGAAGACAAUCCAGCAGCUAACUGCGAAGCUGGCUGAGAUCAAGUCGUUACCCGCUCCUCCAAUUACUCCAAAAGUGGAGAUUGUUGAGGAUCUUUCGACCCCUAGGUCUUGUGAGUCAAUGGAUUCUAAGGAGAACAAGCUCAAGAAGAAGGUUGAGUUUCUACAGAGCAAGUUGGAUAGCACGGCUUCCGCUCUGACGGCAACUCGCACUGAGAUGAAGGGUGUGCUCGAGAAGCAAGCGGUGAUGCAGCAGCGGUCAGAAGAGAGGGUUAAUCAGUGCCAGACAACCAUGCGUGAACUGGAAAUUGCGCUGGACGGACUUCGAGCACAGAAUAAGUCACUUACGCAACGUAUCGACGAGGUUCUGCAACAGAAGCGAGAGGCGGACCUAAAGAAAAGGGAAUUGGACCGACAGUUCGAGAGACAGAAGGCUGAUCUUGAAAGGAUUAAAAACGAAAGCGAAAGGAUGAGGACCGAGGCCAUAGACGAGCUGGAAAUGCUGCACCGCAAAUUGAGUGAAAUGGAAAGCAAGUCUAAUGUAAGAUGUGCCGACUUCAAAACUCGAAUUCAGGAGCUCCAACUGGAUGCACAAGUAUCGGAGAAGGCCAAGAUUCGAGCAGAGGAUCAACUACAGGACUUGAUUGGCAAAUUGAAGCUCCAAGAAACGGAGAAGAACCUAGUCACCAAGAAGCUGCGUGCCUGGCUAGGUGAACUCCAACAGUAUCACCAAGACUGUGAAGUCGCACAGUACUCCCGGGGGUACAGCAAGGAAUCGGCUGGGCUGGUCAAGAAGGUCUCCAGCGGUCCCCACCUGCAUCGAGUAAACUCCUCCCAUGCAAUUGGUGCAACCCAGGCCCCGACAAGUGGUAGCAGUGGUGAGCGUGGGGUCAGGAAGCUAACUUGCGUAAGUCGCGCAAGAACCUCUUUCGGCUACUCUAAAUCUAUGAGUGAGUCUAGAUCCAUCUCUAGACCCAUAUCUGAGUCAAGACCCAUACCUGAGUCAAGACCCAUACCUGAGUCAAGACCAAUACCUGGGUCAAGACCCACGCACGAGUCUUCGUCUACCUUUGGUUGCCGAUCCAUACAAGACUCCAGAUCUACGUACGAGUGUAGAUCCGUCACCGAUUCUAGAGGAGAAGAGUCUGCUCUACCGCUAGCAGCGGUACCACUUAGAAUUUCUGCUAUGGGUUCACCAUUGGCUUCUGCUUGGGUUCUGAGUGACCUUUGUGAGGAGACUAUGGCGUUAGCAGUGCCUAUUGUCGAGGAUAUGUUCCUCAUAAAGAAUGCAUUAGAUAACGAGUCUCUCCGGGAGACCUGCCAGCCGCGGACGGACCCUGGAAGGAGGAUAUGGACCCAGAUUCUGGCUUCUGUCCAAGAGUCUACCCAAGCACGGAAAGGGCAUUCGGACGGGACUAAGCGAGUCCGACGCCGUGAUAUUGUAAGCUUCGGAGCAGGCUGGGAACGUGUGACGAAAGAGAGACAUAAGUGGCCGGACAGCUUUACGUUUUGCUUGGAGAUUUCUUACAACCUUAUUGAUAAAGGUCUAGAGGAAACAGUUCGCACCUGGACUUGUCGACGAGGACCGCCUGUCAUGGAGAUCAUGUCCAAUCGCGUUCUCUAUUGCGAAGACUUCGCAGCCAGUGGCAACGACGCACUACCAACAGUCACCUUCAGCGAAAGGUGGUCCAGAGAGGAUGGGCCACCCGCCAUACACUCCACGGAAGUCAUUAACCAUCUUACGCACGCGAAGUAG